AUGUACCUGUCUUUGAAAAUAUCAUUCAUUUCGAUAUUAGCUUGUAUUGUACUAAAUUUAAACGUUCUUGGGAAUAAUGAUGAUGAUUCUAAGGUGAAAAAUGCCUUCAUCGCCAGUAAUGUUGUACCCGACGUCAUCUCGGCGCCACCAUUCCGUUACAUAAGUAUUAAGUAUCCGAGUGGCGUAGAAGUUGACCUUGGUAAUAAACUUGCGUCGAUUGAAGUUCGGAAUAAACCGACUGUGAAAUGGGAAGCCGACCGGAAUACUUUCUACACUUUAGCUCUCGUUGGUGAGUACUUAACUACGUAA